CCACCAAAAGACUUUGUAUAACCGCGACCUCUGUCUGAAUCAACUUGGCAAAACUGUGACGUCCAAGCUUUGCUCAAUUGUUUUCGAGAAAAAAGAUACUAAAAGUACGAAACUUUACAAUACAUUCUUAUUCCUAUGCCGAAACGUUGCUUUCACCGUGAUUGCUCUACCAACACACGCUUCACAUCGUGCUGAUCUUCACACUGCUCAUCCACAAAGUGUAUUUAUAUCAGCAGACCAGCCCCGGAGUGCGCAGGUGCACCGCAGGGAUGGAACGAAUAUCCGUGCAGGAUCAUCGGUCGGUGUACGAACGGUUGUGCAAGGAUUAUUUGAAUUUGAAACUGUUGACACAGAAUGCCUGCCACGGUCCGGAACGUUUGGAGCGCUGCAAACAAUCAGUACGGCAAGAUAUCCAUUCCUGUCGCAAACUUUCGCGUAUCACCCAAUUCGAACAGCUUGUCGCGUUAAUGGAGCAGAGAAAUCUGCUAAGCCUCCUGAAGCCGGAUCUGAUCGAGCGGUUUGUGCUGGCACUGGACACAAAAGAGGUUGGCGGCGCACUCACCUCCUACAGGGAUGUGCUACGAUCGCACUAUGAACCUGUUCGUCGGUUCUAUUUGGAAGAUCUACGCCACCGGGAUCGUCGAACGCUGCUGGAGAAGGAGGUAGAAAGGAUUAAACUGCAAGAAUCCACCGAACCCCCAGCAGUAACGCCACGGCCGCCCACUGCAACGACAAACGCAAAGCGCGAUGCGUAUCUCCGGCAGCGUGAGGGCAUUUACUCGCUGCUGCAGCUUGAAAUCGGCAAAAGCUGGAAGGUGUUUGGCCGGUUUUUGAACGUCCCGGUGGGCGAGCUGGACGAAAUCGAGGAACGCAACAGGCAGGAUCUGAAGACGCGCAUCUACGAGACGCUGGAGCGGGCCGAGAUGCAGUACGAUGACGCUGCGCUGGACCAGUACGUUGGCGUGCUGCUGAAAGCGCUGGAAAGCAGCCGGCGGAAGGAUCUGAAAAGAAAAAUUGAAACCAUGUUACAACGAUAGAGUUCCGGAGAGGGAGCAGUACAAGAUUCCCUUUAACACUUUACCUUUUUGGGGAGAUAAGCAAAAGCUGAAUGUGCUCAUAAGCAACAAACGAAUACAUUGAGUCGUUAUUGAAUGUUGCUACAAGAUAUGUGAUAAUAAACAUUAAUUUCGGUUUUGAUUAGAAUAAAAAUAUUACCGCAAAACGCUCACACACCAUA